CCUAGAAUCACAUUUUCCCUCAUCUUUAUAAAUGGAAUAAACAUUCGGCAUAUCCCCAUUCCCCGCCUGCUCCGAUAAACCCUAAUCCCGUUGCUUUCACACUAGUAUUAUUUCUAGCAGCCAUGGUUGCAACAACACCCACCCGAGGAGGACGCGGAGGCUUUAGGGGCGGCCGUGGAGAUGGCGGCGGCAGAAGCGGUGGACGAGGUGGAUUUGGGAGAAGCGGAGGUAGAGGCGGUGGCGACUUCGGCGGUAGAAGUAGCGGAAUGAAGCGAGGUGGUGGCAGGGGCGGCGGCAGAGGCGCCGGAGGUAGAGGUGGACGAGGCGGCAGAGGUGGAAGAGGAGGAGCGGGAAUGAAAGGAGGAAGCAAGGUUGUGGUUGAGCCACACAGACACGACGGUGUUUUUAUUGCUAAGGGGAAAGAAGAUGCUCUCUGCACCAAAAAUUUGGUGCCUGGUGAAGCCGUAUACAACGAGAAGAGGGUUUCCGUUCAGAACGAAGAUGGAACCAAGGUUGAAUACAGAGUAUGGAAUCCCUUCCGUUCCAAGUUGGCUGCUGCAAUUCUCGGUGGAGUCGACAACAUUUGGAUUAAACCUGGUGCACGUGUUCUUUACCUUGGUGCUGCUUCCGGAACAACUGUUUCUCAUGUUUCUGACCUUGUUGGCCCUGAGGGUGUGGUUUAUGCUGUUGAGUUUUCUCACAGAAGUGGUAGAGAUUUAGUUAACAUGGCUAAGAAACGAACCAAUGUUAUCCCCAUCAUUGAGGAUGCAAGGCAUCCGGCUAAGUAUAGAAUGCUUGUUGGCAUGGUUGAUGUUAUUUUCUCUGAUGUUGCUCAGCCUGACCAGGCUAGAAUUUUGGCUCUAAAUGCAUCCUAUUUCCUAAAAGCUGGAGGCCAUUUUGUCAUAUCUAUCAAGGCUAACUGCAUAGAUUCGACCGUCCCGGCUGAGGCCGUCUUUGCCCAAGAAGUAAAGAAAUUACAGGCGGAACAAUUCAAACCUGCUGAACAAGUUACUCUUGAACCAUUUGAACGAGAUCAUGCUUGUGUGGUUGGAGCUUAUCGCCUACCAAAGAAACAGAAGGCUGGAGCUUGAUGGAAUAUCUAAUUUUGUUGUAUCCUAGUUUCAGUAGGCUUUUUAACACCUAUCAAACUUGUUAUGUUAGAGUGUACUUGGUUUGCUUAAAUUUGGUCCUUGUGAUCUUUGGUCAGUUUUGGUAGGAAAUGGUUAAAAUUCGGUUGUAGUAAAUUUGAUAUUUUUGCAAUCCUAUUUUACUGGUACUCUUCUACGCC